GCCUUUAUAAACGGUUUGCUGAAGUGGUCAGCUGCAGGUGACAGCGGACAGAAGGACACUGGUGGUUUCUGACACCAGGGGGGUAAAGCCUAUUCACUGUCACCUGUAGUCUCUUUUCUGCCCAUCAGUGGUCACAUACUACACCAGUGUGCAACAUCCACCACGACAGAGUCUCCAACACCAUGGCUAUUACCGACUUUCUAGCUGCCUCCGACAUCACUUCAGCUAUUAAUGCUUGCAAAGCAAAAGAUUCCUUCAACCCGAAGAUGUUUUUCAAAACAGUGGGUUUAUCCAAGAAAACUCCAACAGAGAUCGAGGGGGUCUUUAAGAUUUUGGACCAGGACAAAAGUGGAUUCAUAGAACAGGAUGAGUUACAACUGUUCCUUCAGAACUUCUCCAAGGGAGCGAGGACCCUGACUGCAGCUGAGACCAGAGCUUUCCUGCUGGAGGGAGACUCAGAUGGAGACGGGAAGAUCGGCUGGGAAGAGUUUUCGGCGCUGGUCAAGUCUUCAUAAAGUAUACAUGAUCCCAAUGAUUUGUUGUUGUAUGGUGAUAAUCUCAGGGUGGACAUCUUUUUAUAAUGUUUACUAGCUACAGUAAAUACCAUGGACUUAUCCGGAGAUUCUUACACAUUUAAAAUAAUACGAUAAGAUGUAGAUUUAAUGGAAAGCAGCAUAAUUAAAGUAGACCUCUGCUAUGUAUCUUUCCCUGCCAG